GAAAGAAGAACUUUUAUAGUGGAUAACUUUCCUUGGGGUGGUUUUAUUUACUUUAGUGCCUACAUAGCCACGAAACAGUAUCUUCUUCAUGUUGUUUGACAACAGGUUAAUUCAUUGUAUUUCUGGGUUAACCUGCAGGGAAUCCCUGUGAGGAAAUUCAGGGGUGAAAUGGAAGUUUGAACAGCAGAUGGAAGGUGUCUUAGCUAGCAGGAUGGGUCCUUGAUCGCAAAGAACCCACCAAAGUCUGUAGACUGUCAAAAAAAUUUAUUCUGCCUUAAUCUCAUUCUUGUUUUAGAUAUUUUUCUUAAAGCCUUUAUUAACUAAUUAUUAACAUCUCUAGGUAGCUGGAGAUGAAGAAAAUAUAAAAUGUAGUUUAUUUGUGGUAAAUAUUAAUUGUUCUUAAAAGUUUGUUUGAUGAGAUAAAAGUAAUGUGAACUUACUGUAUAAACUGAAAAAAUGUAGAAAAUUAAAAUAAACAAAAAUUAUGAAAAGGAAACUCUUUCACUUCCACUUAAUAAUCCAUGGCAUUACCGUUGAGGAAAAAUUGAGCCCAGAAUCAAGUUUUCAUGCAGUUAGGCGUUGGGGUUGAAGAGAGUGAACGCAUCCUACCACCUCUGCACAGGAUUUUGCAUCAAUUGAGAAAAUAUUAGAGAAGGAUACACUCUUGGCUUUAUUGUUGUUAUGGCUGGACCAGAGAACACAGCUUGGAUCCGAGGCCAUGGGUUUCCUCUGGCUUCCCCUUGCCAGGUGUGGGUGCAGCAUCUGGGCAAGCCAGACGAAGAGGGCAGGCACUGGGCUGGCGGGGAGCUUACCUCAGGGAGGAGGCGGAGGGCAGGCAGAUGCAGGCAGGUUCUGACAGAGAGCAAGAGAGAGUCAAACCAAGGCACCUAGCUCCCUGGGGAAAUGAGAACCGCGAAGCACCAGAUGGUGCCCAGCUGAUGCACAUCUCCAGUCAAGAGAAGGCUAUGCUAAGGGGUGAGAAGCAGGCCACAGGGACUUUUCCAUCUUUUUUUUCUUUAAAGAAAACACUGUAUUGGGGUAUAAUUGAUAUGCAUAAAGCUUACAUAUUUAAUGUAUACAAUUUAAUCACUGUGUUCAAGACCAUAAACAUAUAUAUCACCUUCAGAAGGGUUUGUAGCUAUUAUCAUUGUCAGAGGAAGUACUGUCUGAAAUACUCUCUGAGAGUUCUGCAGCUCAAAUCCAGGCCUAUCUCAGUAUCUGAAUUUAAUUUGUUUAUUGAAAUAUUCCAUAACCCCUCUUUUUCUGGAUCAAUGCAGGAAGAGAAGCAAGAAGGGUUCCCAUGAUCUAAAGCAAUUUCAACAAGCGCUCAUUUGAUUUUUCUUUAAAAAAAUUAUUUUUCAGUUAAACUUCACAUUCAGUAUUAUUUUGUAUUAGUUUUGAUUGUUGUUGCUAUUCUAAAUCUCACUAGGAUCAUCAUGGAAACACUUGACGCAGUGACCUUUGGGUUUAAUCUUUUCAAAGAGCUGAAUAGAAAAAACAAUGGCAACAUCUUCUUUUCCCCUGCGAGCAUCUUAGCGGCUGUCGGCAUGCUCCUCCUGCGGACCCGGGGAGCCACUGCCACCAGGCUGCAGAAGGUGCCUCUCUCUGAAAAAGACACAGAUAGCUCAAGAAUCAAAGCUGAAGAAAAAGAGACUGAGAAGACCAAAGAGAUACACCAUCAAUUCCAAACAUUUUUGAGUGAAAUAAGCAAGCCCAAUAAUAAUUAUGAGCUGAAAAUAGCCAACAGGCUAUUUGGAGAGAAGACAUACCUUUUCCUUCAAAAAUACUUAGAUUAUGUUGAAAAAUAUUAUCAUGCUUCUCUGGAACCUGUUGAUUUUGUAAAUGCAGCAGAUGAAAGUCGAAAGAAGAUUAAUUCCUGGGUUGAAAGCCAAACACAUGAAAACAUCAAGGACCUGUUUCCUGAUGCCACUCUAAGCAGCACCACGAAGCUGGUGCUGGUGAACAUUGUGCAUUUUAAAGGGCAAUGGGACAGGGAGUUUAAGAAAGAACAUACCAAGGAGGAGGAAUUUUGGCUGGAUAAGGACACAAGUAAACCUGUGCAGAUGAUGACACAGCGUGAGUCCUUCAGCUUCACUCUCCUGAAGGACCUGCAGGCCCAAAUUCUGGGGAUUCCAUAUAAAAACAGUGACCUAAGCAUGUUCGUGUUGCUGCCCAAUGACAUCGAUGGUCUGGAGAAGAUUAUAAAUGAAGUAAGUCCUGAGAAAUUAGUAGAGUGGACUAACCCAGGGCAGAUGGAGGAAAGGACUGUGGAUUUGCACUUGCCCCGAUUUGAGGUGGAAGAUAGUUAUGACCUGGAGGCGGCGCUGGGCGCCAUGGGGCUGGGGGAUGCCUUCAGUGAGCUGGAGGCUGACUACUCAGGGGCGUCCCCACGCUCAGGGCUGCAUGCCCAGAAGUUUCUGCACGGGUCCUUUGUGGUGGUGACUGAGGAAGGCACCCAGGCUGCAGCAGGCACCGGGAUGGGCUUUGCGGUCACAUCAGCGCCCAGUUAUGAAACUUUUCACUGCAAUCAUCCCUUCCUGUUCUUCAUCCGGCACAACGAGUCCAACAGCGUCCUCUUCUUCGGCAAAUUUUCCUCUCCUUAGGCCAGUCACUGGCUCGGCAGAAAACCAGUGUUGGAGUAUUAAUAUGACUAUGGUAGUCGCCCAUUUUUUGAAGACAUUUGAUUUUCUUGCUUGCAUUUCAAUCCAACCCUCAAAAUGUAUGAUUUAGUGACUGCACUGGGUGUGUGUGUUUAUAAUUUUCUUUAAAAGUGAAAUGUCCUUUUGUUUGUGUCAUGUAUAAAGUGAGUUAAAUCAAGGCUUAUAAAUAUGCUGUUGAUUUCUUCUAAAAGUAAAUUAACGACUUGUAGUUUUAUGCACUAAUGAAAAAAACUGUCUUGUCAGUAAAGACUAUGGAUUAAUGAUUUUGGGAGUCCCUCCAGCUCUAAUAUUUUGAAAGAUUAUAAUAAAAAGUGAAAUAAAACAGUAGUUUACUCAAUUCAUGUGCUACCUUUCUCUUUCUCAGCUAUUAGUGUGGCAAACUGCAUACAGGAAAAAAGAAUUUAGAAACACAUCAGCCAACAUAAAUUAAAACUCAAAAGCCAGGAUAAAGUGAAACAAUAUACCAGGCAGAGAGGAUGCCCAUAUUUUCACCCUCUAUUCUAACAGAGCAUAUUAUUCAUUGUCAAUUGCAUAAAUAUCUUGAUAUUGUAAAUAAAGUCAAUGUGGUCAUAAAAUAAGAUAGAUUCAUUUUAAUCCUAGAACUUGACUUUUGAUAAAGGAUGUACACCUGUGCAAAUACCACCACACCCAACAUACAGGAUAUUUCCAUCAUUCCCCAGGUUCCCUUGUUCUGUUUCCCUGUCAACCACCCCAUACAGCCUCAGCUCACACAACUGCUGGCCUGCCUGUCUUCAAUCAUUACAGGGUGUAUUCGUCAUUUCUAGGGUUUCAUUCAAAUGGAUUCAUAUCAUAUGUUCUCUUUUGUGUCUGGCUUCUUUUGCUGAGCACUGAGAUAAUCCAUGUUGUUGGAAUACCAGUAGUUCAUUACUUCUUAUGGACAAACAGCAUUCCAUUGUAUGGGUAAACCCAUAUUUUGUUUACCUAUUUACCCACUGGGCAUUUAUGUUGCUUCCAGUGUUUAGCCACUAUGCAUAAUGCUAGGAUGCACAUUUGUGUGCAUAAAUCUUUGUGUGGACAUAUGCUUUCAUUUUUCCUGGGUAGACACCUGUGAGUGAAAAUGCUGAGACAUAUGGUAUAUACAAUAUAUGUUUAAAUUUAUAAGAAACUGCCCAAAUAUUCUCCAAAGUGGUUGUACCAUUUUCCACUCUUAUGAGCAAUGUUUGAGUAUUCCAGUUGCUCUGGAUCCUCACCAGUGGUUGGAGUGGUCAGAGUUCUACAUUAUACCCAUUCUAGUGGGUGUGAAGGUGGCAUCUCAUUGUGGUUUUAAUUUAUGCAUUUCCCUUAUGACUGAUGAUGUUGAGAAUCUUUUCAUGUACAUGUUGGCCAUGUGCAUAUCUUCUUUUGUAAAAUGUCUAUUCAAUUUUGUACCCAUUUUUAUUAAAUCGUUUUCUUAUUAUUGACUUGUAAUUG